AUGGGCGAAAAAAUCGAGACGACAACCGUGAUCAUCGUGGGCUCGGGCCCAUCGGGCCUCUCGACCGCAGCCCACCUACACCACCUCUCGAUUCCCUACAUCCUCCUCGAGCGGGAGGACACGUUCGCGCCCUUGUGGCAGAAGUUUUGCUACGACCGUGUCCACCUUCACCUCGACAAACGCUUUUGCAAGCUCCCGUUCGCAGCCUUGCCUGACGGCACGCCCGGCUACAUGUCUCGGGCCGACUUCGUGGACUACCUAACUGACUACGUGUCGCGGUUCGAAAUCAAGCCAAGGUACGGCCGCAGGGUUGUCGAGGCGAAGCACGACGCGGAGUCGUGUUGGUACCGGUCGAGAUUUGUGGUUGUGGCGACGGGGGAGACAUGCGACCCGUGGGCCCCACCGGUGGAGGGGCUCGACGGGUUCGGAGGGGAGGUGGUGCACUCGACUGAGUAUAAAAACGGGGCGAGAUUUUCGGGAGAGAGGGUGUUGGUGGUUGGGGCCGGGAAUUCAGGGAUGGAGAUCGGGCUCGAUUUAGCUAACCAUGGGGCCAAGGCCUCGAUCGUCGUCCGGAGCCCGAUGCACGUAAUUACGAGGGGAAUGGCUUACGUGGGAUUGGUGAUGUUGAAAUACGUACCCUUGAAAUGGGUUGACUUUAUGUUGACCGUCAUGAGUAAGGCCGUGUUUGGGGACCUGACAAACUAUGGAAUCCAAAGUCCUAAGGAGGGCCCAUUUACCAUGAAAGUCAAACAUGGUAAAUAUCCUGUUAUUGACGUCGGAACAAUCGGCAUGAUCAAGACUGGUAAAAUCCAGGUGUUGCCAGGGAUAAGCUACAUUAAAGGCAAUAAGGUGCUGUUUGAGAAUGGGAAAGAAGAUACAUUCGAUGCAAUUGUGAUGGCCACAGGAUUCAAACGACCUACCAAACAGUGGCUUAAAGAUUACUAUUUGCUUAAUGAUAAUGGGCUUCCUAGAAAUCCUUACCCCAACCACUGGAAGGGCAUUAAUGGGCUAUAUUGUGCUGGGCUGGCCCAUAGAGGACUGCCUGGAGCCGGCAUGGAUGCCCAGAAAAUAGCCCAUGACAUCAAGAACCAGCUCUAA